CGUCCUCUCUUUCUCUCUCUUCAGGCUUCUUUGUGGUUCUCUUUUGUGUGUCUCAUCCUCCUGCGAGUCUCUCUCUUCCUCUCUUCUUCGAUCCAGUUAUCACUUCAGUUGAUGAGCUUUCGAGUGGACAAAGGAAUCUAGAGUUUGACUUUGGAUUUUGUGAUAUAACAAGCAACCAUGAGCGACCAGGGAGAAAAAACCUGUCCUCUCUGUGCUGAGGAGAUGGACUUGACAGAUCAGCAACUGAAGCCAUGCAAGUGUGGUUAUGAGAUUUGUAUUUGGUGCUGGCAUCACAUUAUGGACAUGGCUGAGAAGGAUGAGACGGAAGGCAGAUGCCCAGCAUGCCGUAAUCCUUAUAACAAGGAAAAGAUUGUUGGCAUGGCACCAAAUUGUGAAAAGAUUGUGGCUGAGAUGAAUAUGGAGAAAAAGCAGAAGUCCUCCUAUAAGGGGAAAAGUAAAACAUCUGAGUCAAGGAAGCAACUUUGCAGCGUGCGAGUAAUCCAAAGGAAUCUUGUCUACAUUGUGGGAUUGCCGCUUAAUUUGGCAGAUGAAGAUCAGCUGUUACAGCACAAGGAGUAUUUCAGUCAGUAUGGAAAGGUUUUGAAGGUGUCUAUAUCUCGAACAGCAGCUGGUGCUAUUCAACACUUUCCAAAUAAUACAUGUAGUGUAUAUAUCACCUAUUUGAAGGAGGAGGAAGCAGUUCGUUGUAUUCAAUCUGUACAUGGAUUUGUUUUGGAGGGCAGGCCUCUAAAAGCAUGCUUUGGAACAACAAAAUACUGUCAUGCUUGGCUUAGAAAUGUGCCUUGCACCAAUCCUGAUUGUUUAUACUUGCAUGAGAUUGGGUCGCAAGAAGAUAGUUUUACCAAAGAUGAAAUAAUAUCAGCUUACACAAGGAGUAGAGUACAGCAAAUAUCGGGUGCUACAAAUAGUAUGCAACGGCGUUCAGGGAGUAUAUUACCACCACCAGCUGACAAUUAUUGCAAUAACAGCAUUGCUUCUACAGCGAAACCUAUUAGUAAAAGCACUACAACUAGUUCUGCAACCAGUGUCAGAGUUUCUCCACCAAAUAGUAGCUCUGGUAGAUCUGCUGCUCUUCCUGCUGGUGCUUCAUGGGGAACACGUGCCUCAAAUAAUCAACCACCACCUUCAAGUUUACCUUACUCCAAUGGGACUCUCAAAUCUAAACCUGAAAUUAGCAACAGCGCAACAUUGUUUUCUGCAGCAGUUGCAAGUACAAGUCAGUGUUCAUCAUUGCAUGCUGAUCGAGAUAAGCAGCUUGCUCAUGUUGAUGAAAGCGGCAAUAAUCAAGAUCGGCACAAAAUUGAAACUCCAGAACCUGCUAAGCAGUAUGUUGAAGCAGAUGAUCAAGACUAUGUUCCUGAGACCCCUCCCAUGCCAGUGCUACCUCUUGGUCCAUCUACAAAUGGCCAAAUACACAGUCACCCUGCUGCUAAGGAAAAGGAUUGUCAUAUAGCUGUACAAACAAAUACUGUUAGUUCUUUUGACAGUGCUUUGAUGUCUAAUGGACCUGUUGCUGCAAAAGAUUCAGCUGAAGUUCCAGAUUAUGAAAUCCAACAGUUAUGCUCAGAAAUGUCUUCAUUAAGUAAUGAUAGACAUCAAAAUGUUGAUCAUUCUAGUAAUCCUUUGACUUCUGAGGGGAAAGCCGCAGCUUGUGCUGCUGAUGAGAGUUGCAUGACAAAUGACGAGUCUGAUUGUAGAUUGGAUUUGCAAAUGCAGGUUGUCACUCGUGGGAAUGGCUCCCAUUCUUCUGAUGAUCUGAAAAAUUGGAGUCGUGAUGCUAUUCCUGACAGAGGUCACACUCCAUCAGAGUCGUUUAAUUCUUCAACUCAGUCUCCUUUCCUUACCAACUCCAUUGGGUCUGUUAAUGCCAACAUGCAUAUUGUAGAUAGGAAUUCUGAUUCAUUAUUACAGCCUUCAAGUUUACAGGGUAUCUCUAAUGGAUACCGGGAGAACAUAGUUAACUGUUAUGCUGAUGUUGGAAGCACCGAUAGAGGUUCCAGUUCGCUGUCAAAUGCAGAUCAGAGGAAGUAUGGAAACAAUGUUGAAGGUGAAACUGCAACUGCUGACUGCAAUAGUGCUGUAGAUAUGGGAGAGAGUAGCAUAAUAUCAAAUAUUUUGUCACUGGAUUUUGAUCCAUGGGAUGCACCAUUAACUUCACCUCAGGACCUGGCCAAGUUGUUAGGGGAUUCUGAUAAACAGCCCAAUCUUAGACUAUCAAACUCAUUAAAGUUACAUACGAGCAAUCAAUCAAGGUUCUCUUUUGCGAGGGAGGAGAAACCUAUAAAUCAAGCACCUGGUUUUGAACCAUCUUUCAGUCAUACUCAACAAGCUUUUAAUCAUCCUCUAAGCCACGACUUCUCCAAUAGUAGGAGCUUUCAACUUGAUAACCCUGGUCCUCGUAAUGGUUUCUCUCUAAUCAGUAAUGAGGACUACAAUAGUUUGCCCUGCAAUUAUUCUACCUUUUCAUCUAACAAGCUGUCAGUAUCAAGAUCUCAGAUGUCGGCCCCACCAGGAUUUUCAGCACCUAACAGAGCACCACCUCCAGGUUUUGCUUCUCAUGAAAGAGUGGAACAGAAUUUUAGUUCUCUUUCAGGGAAUCAAUUGCUUGACACUGCAAUGUUACGGAACCAGUAUCAAAAUCCACCUGCUGGAAAUAUGGCAGAUAAUGAUGGGUUUGAGUUGAUGGAUCCUGCAAUUUUGGCAGUUGGCAAAGAGAAGAUUCCUAGUGGCCUUAACUUCUCAGGAAUGGAUUUGGCUCAAAGUUUUCCUCCGCAAUUGAGUACUUUUGACAACGAGGCAAGACUUCAGUUAUUAAUGCAACGAUCUCUAUCUCCACAUCAAAACCAGAGAAUAGCUGAUACAGGGGACAACUUUUCUCCCUUUCAUGAUGCUUAUGGUAUUCCUUCCAGAGCUGGUGAGCAAACACUAGCUAGCAAUCUCUCCCCAUUUUCACAAUUCAGUCUUCCACAGUCUAGAAACCCUGUUAUGUCAAAUGGCCACCACUGGGACGUCUGGAAUGGGGUCAAUAGUGGAAAUGAUUUGAGUGUGGCUGAGCUCUUCCGCAAUGAAAGGGUGGGACUUAAUAACUUCUACUCUGGAUAUGAUGAGUCAAAGUUCCGCACGGCGGCUAAUUCUGGCAGUUUCUAUAAUAGAACAUUUGGGAUCUAAGCACAUUUGUGAGACUCUUUUGGCAUUCACUAGUAGUGGAACAAAUGAUUGAAUGGAAAAUGUUGACCAAUAGAAUUGCAAAGACGGCCUGGCUUGCUCUGGGUGUUUCAGUCACUGGAAUAACUCAAUCCACUGCAUAUGUGACACUACUUGACAGAAUUGCAUCCAAUGAUGGGAAGACUCGUUGGUGAUUGUCUGAGUGAGCUACUUUCAGAUUGGUGAAGGACCAAGCCUCUUCAAUGGGGUGGUCAGAAACCGACAGGUGAAAGAAGCAGAGAUUGAGGCUCAGUACGAAUUUUGACUCAGAUGCGUUAGAUGCUUGGGGUGACUGGUGAUUCUCUGUAUGUGUGCUUUUCUUUGAUUGGGGUGGAGAAUCGGGACAUAGACCCCCACCCACACCAAUUUUUAUCAAAUAAGAGAGUGAAGGAAAGACCAGAAUAAUAUGGCUGGCUUGCCCAUUUGUCUUGUAAGUACAAGAAUUGGAAAGAUGUGAAUGACAUUGAAAGCUGCUUUUAUAGUCUGCUCUUUCCAUUGCUUUUAAGACUUGUGCCUGCGUUUUGUGCCUAUACUAUGAUAAAGGUUUGAUUUGAUUUGAAUAGAUGAUUACAAUGAUAAUAGUUAACACUUAAAUAUACUGUUCCUGUUCAA